AGUGGGAUGUCAACUGUGCACCAUGGAGGAUGUCCAUGGCUCUCACUGGCUGAUAUACAGAUGUGCUAUUGUGGCUGUGAAUACAAAAUGUUUAAGGUUCUAUAGUAUUCAGAAUGGUGCUAUUUUACAAGAGCUUGAUAACACAGAGAUAACCUGUGGGUCUCCUCUGGAUGUGUGGAACAGCAUGGCUAGAAUCCAGAGUGCUGGAUUUUGGUGUAACUCUGGAAUAUAUGGCAUAAAAAUGACUAAAUCCAGCCAGUGGACCAAGGUCAGUGGAGGUGCUGUCCCUCUCAACCUGUGUGGGAAACAGAACCUGGCCGCUCAGAUGGUGGUAGAAGAGGCACAUAAUUACUACAAGUCCAAAUGUGUCAACCCCAAUACAGAUCUUGCCAAAGAUCUUUUGCUCAACAUGAAGGUGUUUCAGAGUCCAGCUCUAGUUAUAGCAUUGCUACAACAGGGCAGAGAAAAUAGCUCCAACCCAGAACUGUCUUCAGUUUUAAAGGAGAUUCAAAAACAGUAUGGCAGCGAAAACAGCAAAUUACUUCACACAAAACUCAACCAACUUGUAGGUCCACUAUUACAGGAGUACUGGAGACUGGAAGACAAGGUGCAAGCUUUGAUGAAGGAUGAUAAGCCUGCCCUGAAGCACAGAGAGCAGACCCUGAAGGAUGUAAUAGUAGGCAUAGUUCAGGGCGACAGCAGUCUGGAGGCACGGAGAUCUCAACUAGAGCUGCUGGCCGAUAGCUUUCCCUUCGAUGUCCUGGAAACAUUGAUUGAAUACCUGGAUCUCAGUACUGAGGAUCUGUCACAAGAGGCUCUGAGAAAGUGGGCCCCCAUACUUGCCUCAGAAGAAGGCAGCAGUGGCUCCACCUUCCCUUUGUUUGAAAUAUUGUGCAGAUUACUGUAUACAGAGAAACCUGAACAGCUGAUCAGCUUUGUCAAAAUGUCCCAAGCAAUUAGUGAUAGAAUUUCUGGCACAUCAGCAUUCAUGCGCCGCAAAGAAGAGCAUCAGUUCUAUGAAAGGGCGCUGGAGUGUGUGGGAGAGCCAGAAAGAUCUGGCAAGGUUGAGAGUGCUGCCAUUGCUCAAGCUUCCUUGGUGUUGAAUAGUGGAAUGCAAGCCAGCCAGGUGCAGGCUCUCCACAUACUGCUGAAGUACCAUCUCUGGGUUCCUUCCAUUAAACUGGUCCAGCAGCUGGCUGACCACAGUGACCUCCAUCUUGAACUCUUCCAGCUGCUUCUAACUGCAGUACUGAAGGCUGGUGUGUUUGCCACAUACUGUGCCAGUAUAAUGGAGGCUGUGCCAGAUAGAAUAAGCAUGCCAGAGUUUCUGAGCCUGCUGCAAACACAUACGAAGGGAGGCCCACUCUCCACGAAAGAAGACCACAUCUUUAGCUCAGAUGAACAGGACACAAAGAUGGGAGCAAUCAAACCGUUCUUGCUUAAAAUGAUUGGGGACAGGUGAAUUGUAAAACAGGGAGAGGGUUUACAAAAUUUAAAAUAAAGAUGGGAUAAUUAUGAUGUACUCUCAUACUGGUUCUUUACCUUUGAAACAGAAGCUUUAAGGUUUUGGCCUUAUCACGUGACUGUCUGGGUCUAGUUGUUACUGGUGUCAUGUGGUGUAUCAUGUAUGUGUACAAUGACUGUUAAUUACUAGUCUUGCUUGCAUGUCAUAAAUAAUUUUUCAAACAAUUUGAAAUUAUUGUACCUGAUAAACUUUAUUACUAGAUUGAAUUAUGUGACAUCCAAGUUUAAAGCAAUUAUAACCCUGGACAAACAGUAGGUGAUGGGGAUUGUAAAUCGGAAGAAAAAAUUGGCAGAGCAAAGAAAAAAUGUUGAACUAUUAUUCAAAAUAACUAUUGCAUACUUGUUAAGAACUUUGUUUGUCUUAAGAAGGUGAUGAUGCCGAUGUUGAUAGUGAUUGUAUUGUAACGAAAAACAUCUCCAAAAUAAGUUUCCAACAACCCACCUUGACUUUGAACAAUUAUUGUUAGAA